AUGGCUUCGGAUAACCCACUCCUUUUCUCCGCGCCAAUUCCUCUCUACCUCAUGGCACCCUCGACCAUCUCCCGCACUCGGACAGGCUGCUGGGCUUGUAGGUCCCGGAGGUUGACUUGGCUUGAUGAAUCGAUCGCCAAGGGCGUGUGUCAUGGGAGGGCCGGAGUAUGGUCGAAGAAUGGCCGGAAGAGAAAGGAUGUCUCAGAUGAGCAGGGUCUGGAGAUGGUGCGACAUACUGUGCCUAAUGCGUCGCGCCAGCAGUGGAUGUUUCUAAACACGUCCGCUGACGACGUGAACCGGCUCUGUAUGGAGUACCAAACGGCAGUCAUUUGCAGCAGCUCAACCCUGGUCGACAAUGUGCAAUCGAAUCCAUAUCGAUACUUGAUCCUGCCCAUGGCCCUCAACUCUGACGGCAUCUAUCAUGCGGCGUUGGCAAUUUCCGCAAAUACCCUGCGUCUUUCCAAAGUACGGUAUCGUGUCCCUGCUUUGGAGCACCAUCAUCGUGCGCUACUCUACCUCCAAUCUCUUCUAGAUCGAGACAGUUGGUCGGAUUGGGAGAUGGAUGAGAUCUUGGGGCUUGUUUUGAUGCUCUGUUGGUUUGAGGAUGUCAUGUCUGCACGAAAGCAACGACAUUGGAAAACAUCAUCGCAGCACAGUCUGGAGCUUCUUGGUUUCUUUGACCGCUACUUUGCUUUCCACCUCGUUCUUGCCCGAACGGCCUUUCGAUGGGAUGGGCCACGAACACACCCAUGUCUUUCUGCCUUGCCUUCAAGUCCAUCCUCAGAAAUUAUUGACCCUUAUAUGGGAUUUAGCCACGCGCUACUUCUCUUAAUAAAUGAAGUGACUGAUUUGGCAUGGCAAGAACAUGAGCUGGACAUUCAGAAGGUGUAUGGGCUGAAACACUCGUUGGAGGUGCUCCGUCAGACGCCACCUCAUGGGGAUAUUAACUUACACUCAGGGCAAGAGUGCAUGGUCAUUGCUGAAGCAAACCACCUGGGUGCAAUACUGCUCCUGUACGAGAUAUGCUCGUCUUCUGAAUCAAUUUCUUCAUGUUCAUCAUUCAGCUCGGAGGAGAAACUCCGCUAUGUUCGUCAGAUUCUCAAUCUUAUUCAGGCGCACAAGUCCAACAUGAUGCGCACUGCCGUCCUCCCUCUAUGGCCUCUCUUCCUAGCAGGUUGCUGUGUCUCGGACGACAACGACAGAGUCAUUGUUCUGCAAAUCUUCCAAGAGUGGGAGGCCAUUCGUCGGUUUGGCAAUAUCGCACCGGCAAGAGAAGUGAUAGAGAUGGUCUGGCGACGCCGUGACCUUAACCAAAAUGAAUUUGCCAACGGCGCCAUGUCAGGGAAGACAGCGCGCUUUGAAUAG